AACCCUUGUGUUGUACUACCAAAACACGCCUAACUGCAUAAAAAAAUGAAUAUCAACAACUCGGAACAGAAAAAAACAGUGGCGACUAAGAGACUUCGAAGACAACAGCGACGACGCCGCUCUGUCUCUCGCAAAACAAAACACAAACGAAAAAGGACAUCAGCACAGACAACACAUAGCACACAGCACACACAACCACUUAUGCCUCUAAACAUGAAGGGGUUGUAUGUGCGCCCAAAAGCGCGCUGCAGCAGCUGAUAUCGCUGAAUGGUUGUUUUUGCCGCUACAGUGGGUUGGCAGGGUGGCGCAGUGUUGAAAGGCAGCAAGCAAACAAGCAAUAACCAUUAGAUACAUAGUAUAUACAUAAAUGUGUGUGUGUGUGUACACAGAGCGCCGUGCCGGCCGCGGUGCGCUCAGCAGAAAUAGAAUGACAGCUGUGCCAAAGCUACAACGGCGGCGAGAGUUGGCAUGUAAGCAGCGAGCGAAUAUCAACGAACGGCCAAGCCGAGCAUUGAACGGCAAAUAAAAGUCUCUGUAGCUGAAGGAAAAUUCAGUUAGAAAGUUACGUGAAAAGUCGCCACAUCGGCAAGCAUUAAGUACGCGUUGCGCGCAUUUACUGCAAAAAAUAUCCUGUGCGCUGUGGAAGCAAUCAAAAAAAAAAUUGCAGUGUGAAAAGCUAAAUUUUGCAAAAUCUUAACACACCGUGUGCAUAGUAAAACGGACGGAAAAUGAAAAGUUGAAAACAUAUAAAGGCGAAAGUCGAAAGAGUCUACCUUGAAAAUUCUAAAGCACAUCCUUAAGUGAGUGAUAAAAGUGUACGAGUAUGCAAUAUAUGUACGACAAGAAAAUUACACAUAUACACCUAAACGUAUGUAUGUACAUGCACAUGCACGCAAACAACGCAACAACGAGCACGCACAUAUCGCUGUGUAUACUUUGAAAUAGCAAACAAAAAACUACUUCUUAUUGCUUUGUAGGGUAGCGGUGGACCAGGGCAACAUUCUGAAACAGCUGUGAGACCGUUUGGAGCAGCAAACAAUAUCAAUAACAAAUAAAUAAUAUGUAUGUAAUAUAAUUGAAAAAUAUGUUUAUACCUACCGCUCAGCACUAGCAAACCGAAAACCUAAAGUCCACAAAUGUUAAGAAAAUAGUCAUGAAUAUGUGUGGCAUGCCAGACUCAAGGUGUAUUUAUGCUCAAAGAGCAGCAAUAACUGAGCCGACACAAGCACACAUGGAAAUGAAAAGCAUUCUGUAAAUGUCGUUGACGAGACGAGGCGGCGGUUGAGAAGUGCCUUCCAAAGCGGUUCGACAACGAGCUAAAGAACCACACGCUCAGCGGAUAACAGACAAAAAAUGCGUCGCCCGAAAUUUUCGUUAAAGAAAUAUUUUUAUUUCACACUCUUUUGCGCGCUACUACUGAUAUUCGGAUUCAAUUUGCGUGAACAUGAAAUUUGGAAAUCGAAAAGCGCAGCACCACAAGCACAAGCGCGUUCACCAGACGAACAAGCAGCGCAACCUUAUACGCACAUCGCCAUCACUGUGGCGUCGGACGAUGAGGCAGCGGCGCUGAGGGCACACGUCGACGACUCGGGCGAAGCGCCUGUGCUUAGCACCAACAACGCGCCACCUAUAGACGCUGUAAAUAAUGAAUUGAGCGAACAACAGCAGCAGCAGCACUUGCAUCCAGGACAGGUGCCGUUGGAGAACACCGCUGCACGUCCUUGGUUCUUCCGGCAAGGUGAGUACUAUCCGAAGCCAGCGCACGCCGCGCCUACGCGUACAGGGCAGGGUAAACGUGGCAGUUAUGGCGGUGGUGGAGGUGGCGGCGCAGGCGGUAGUUUGGUGCGUGGCAAGAAGCAUGAUCCACGCGGUGCUGGACUCUUCCCCUAUCAAAACCCGCACAGUGAUCGCAUUGUCAAUCAGUUGAUGUAUAUGCCGCCGAACUAUGAGAAGGUGCGCGCCAGCGGACGACUGAAAAUCAUACUGCUCUACAAUGGACUCGGUCCAUGGAAUGUAAAGCAAGGUCGUGAUGUCUUCCUACGCUCGAAGUGUCCUGUGGAUACCUGUGAACUGACAUCGAAUCGUGGUCUCGCCGACAAAGCCGAUAUGAUACUCUAUAAGGAUCAUUUCAUACCGACUGGCCUGGGGCGACCAGCGAAUCCACAGCAGGUUAGCAUGUUGUAUUAUCUGGAAUGUCCAUAUCAUACGCAAAAUGUCAAAGUACCAGACGCCAUUAAUUGGACGGCCACCUACAGGCGUGACAGCGACAUUGUGGCGCCUUAUGAGAAAUGGGUCUACUAUGACUCGAAAAUCAACCAAGUGGAGCAGGACCACAAUUAUGCCAUGAAUAAAACGAAAAAAGUCGCUUGGUUCGUGUCGAAUUGUGGUGCACGCAAUGGACGCUUGCAAUUCGCGCAUGAAUUGCAGAAAUAUAUAGAUGUUGACAUCUACGGCGUUUGCGGCAACUACAAAUGUUCGCGCAACACCGCCGACAAAUGCUUCGAGCUACUCGAUCACGAAUACAAAUUUUACCUCGCCUUCGAGAAUUCCAAUUGCAAAGACUACAUCACCGAAAAGUUCUUCGUCAACGCACUGCAACGCAAUAUUUUACCAAUUGUAAUGGGUGCACGUCCGGAGGAUUAUGAGGUGAGCUCACCACAUCGUUCCUACAUCCAUGUCGAUGAAUUCGCCUCGCCCAAAGAAUUAGCCGAAUACUUGCACAUACUCGAUAAAGACGACGAACUAUACAAUUCGUAUUUCAAAUGGAAGGGCACCGGUGAGUUUAUCAACACGUACUAUUGGUGUCGCGUUUGUGCCGCACUGCAUGACGAGGAGUCAUUACGUAAGCCGCGCUGGUACACGGACGUAAAUGAUUGGUGGCGCGGCGCCGGCGUCUGCACCAACGGUUCGUGGCGUAAUUUUAAGGCGCGCAAGGAUGUCAUACGCGACGAUUAGUGGCGACUGCCGUUGGGUUAUUGGCUGGCAAUUGCAAGCAUUGUUAUUGAAUAUGUUAAGUAAUAGUUUAAGCCAUCUUUAUAACAAUACAAUACAAAAACACAAACAACAACAACAAAAAACAAAGUAUAUAAUACCGAAUUGCUUAGUGGAAUGAGUGUGGAAUGCGGUUUAGAAGUGCGUGAAUGGUUAAACACAUAUGCGUAUGUGUGUGUGCGUGAGAGAAUGAGUGUUUGUUAGUGUGACGCACAAUUCGAUGAGGUUAGGCUUAGCAGCAGCGGCUGGUGGUUUCUGGCGAUAAUCAGCUGUUGACAGGAAGCUAACCGCUAAAACAAAAAACACAGUCACAUGAAACACAUGAACAUACAUAAAUACAUAUACAUAAACAUGCAAAAUUUAUAAAAACAAAAAUUAAAAUAAGAAAAAAGUUAGCUUCGUCCGCACUGGAGCUAUAAUACCCUUCACAGGUAUAUUUCCCAUAACAUGAAGGGUAUAACACGAUCUCUAUAUUGAUUUUGAACGGUCAGUUUGUAUGGAAGCUGUACGCUAUAGUGCUCCAAACUGAACAAUAUAACUGGUUGCCAACUGACUCUAUACAAGGUUUAUCCGGAAAGUAAUAGGACUGAUUCUCUUUCGCCGCGAUUGUACUUCGGAGCGUUCGCGCACCGACUGGAUUCGGUAGAGGCUGGUCAGUUGUCUGCGAGCACCUGGAGCGUGAGGACAAACAUUUUCGCGCGACGUGUUUCUGUGAGUGGUGCAAGCCGUAAAUGCAGCAUUCGUUACAGCAGAGUUAUGCGAUCUAAGUGGAACUCGGUAAAUCUGCGACAGAGACAUUUGAUAUAAUCAAGCAAGCUUACCCAGAUGUUGCUGCAGCACCAAAAGGUGUGUUUCGGUGGCACCAGGCCUCUUUUGAGGGCCGGGAAGAGGUCGCUAAUGAAUGAGCAAAUCCAAAGUGAAAACGGUGCUCAUUGUCUUUUUUGACAUCAACCAUGAAUUUGUUCCUCCUGGACAAACCGUCAACACCAAGUUUUACGUGAAAGUCCUCAAGGGACUCAAAAGAAGGGUCAAACGCUCCGGCUCACACCGCCUUUCUUGUGAACAGCUACCUAACCAAGGCCGGCAUCCCAACGCUUCCGCAGAUGCCCUACAGCCCAGAUGUGGCCCCCGGACUUUUUUGUUUCCUUGCCUGAAAAGGUCGCUGAAAGGGGAUCCAAACAGCAUACACUUGGGCUCUCAAGCCAAUUCCGGAGAAUGCCUUCCGUACCGCCUUCAAUGCUUGGAAAUCGCGCUAGCAGCGCUGCAUUGACGCAAAAGGAGCCUAUUUUGAAACUUUUUAAAGAAUUGUAACGAUUGGUUCAAUAAAUUUUUUUUUAAAUCGACUCAGUCCUAUUACUUUCCGGACAAACCCUGUAUAAGAAUCACAGGCACCGUGCCUGGCCAGUUCUUAAGAGACUCUCGCGCCGCGAUGUGUUCAGUUUGUGUGGCAGCUGUAUGCUAUAGCGGUCCGAUAUCGGCGUUCUGACAAAUGAGCAAACUACUUGUGCAGAAAUGGGCGUAUGCAAAAUUUCAGAUCGAUAUCUCAAAAACUGAGAGACUAAUACGCGUAUAUACGACCAACCGACAGACAGACAGGCCAACAUGACUAAAUCGCCUCAGCUCAUCAAGUUGACUGUUUAUAUAUCUAUGUAUAUACCUUAUAAGGUCUUCUUCUGGGUAUUACAAACUUCGUGGCGUACUUAAUACGAGUAUAACCUGUGCAGGGUAUAAAAACAACAACUUGCUUACUGCAUUAGAUAAAGAGAGCAUCAAGAUUGUAUACAGUAGCUAUUAAUUAAAAUUAAAAUUUGUAGGCAACAUUUUUGUAUAUAUACAUGUAUGUGUAUGUGUAUGUGUACUUAGUUAUGCGCUUAUGGAAAAGUAACGGUUAAAAUUAUUGAGUAGUAGCAAAAGCGUAAUUUGCAAUUUUCGGUUAAUUCAUUUUUGUUUUGAGAUAAGAAAUUUUAUAAAUGAUUUACAUAACACUUUAAACCGAAUUACAUACAUAGAUGCACUUGACAGCGCACACAUUCAUACAUACAUAUGCAUGUAUGUAUGUAGCUAUGUAUGUACACACGAAUGUCUGUUGGCGCUUUUUUUACCCAUAACAACAAUAUUUGUGCCGAUUUUGUGGAAAUUCAAAAUUUUACUAACCGAAAUCGCGCACACAGCUAUACAUAUACAUACAUUAACACACAUAUACAUACAUAUAUAAGUUACGUGUAUUUAGCUUGUAAGCAAAUUGUACGCUAAGUUAGGCAAUUUUUUAUAGAUGUGCGUAAGGAAAACAAAUAUCUGAAUCACACAAUAGCAAUAUGUAUUUGUAAAAUAUAUAUAAAUAUACAUACAUACAUACAUAUGUACAUUUAGGAUAAGUGUAAAAGCACAUAGAUACAUAUGUACAUAGCUAUGCACAUAUAUUGCAACAAAUUCAUAUACAUAUACAUAUGUGCAUAUGUUUUUGUGUUAGCGAGUAUUGCAAACGUAUCAUACGAAGGUCGUGAAAUUCAACAACAAAAACAAAAACGGAAACGAAGCAAGUAAUCAGGAACAAAAAUUCCAAAUUUCUGAAAACUGCGUUAUUUUUUAAGUGAUAAGAUAAUUUUUACAUUUAUACUUACAAAAUUACAAAUGCCGCCACCAAAUUUUACCUUAAACACAUACAAAGCACACACACACACACACAUACAUACAUAAAUAAGUUGUACGAGUAUUAGUUUGUAGGCAAGGUGUGAGUGGGAAGAACUGUGUGAACGUUAUUUUGCGUGCGUAGUAGUUUGCGCUUGUGUGUAUAUGUAUGUGUGCAUAUGAAUCUUCCAACGAUAAAUAACACCCAGUUUCGUGUAUAACAAUUACAAAGCAGCAAUAACGGUAAUUGUAGCACUUUUUUCAGUUCUAAUUAAAAAAUUAAUAGCAAAGUGAAUUCAGUAGGUCUAACUAUUUGACCCGCUUUUAAGUGCGCUCAAAAACUGCUUUAUAAGACAUUAUGACCACUGAGCAAGAAACGGGCAGUUCGGGAGUAAAAAAAAUUAAUCGUUCAUGGACAAAAUGUUCGAAUUUACAAGUGUUGGACUCGGAAUAAAGAGAGAGAUACUCGGGAAUUCUCCCACACACCUUUUCAACACCCUCACUUAGGGGAAAGAAUCAUUUUGCCGAUUUGCUCCUAAAAAACCGACGAUUUGGGACACAUUUUUGUUUUUCUAAAUUUCUGCGUGAAUCCAAAUGUAUUUUUUCUUUAUUAAAAAUAUUCCCCAUUCGAUUCUGCAAAUUUCUGCAUUUUUAUUUUUUUUCUACGACUAGUGGUUUAGAAGUUAUAAGCAUUUUUGUUUUCGCGUGUAUUCGGCGGCUGCUUGCUGUAUGCUCCUGGUCGCCUGGUAGAAAUCUGAGAUUUUGCCACCAAAUUGAAUGCAAUUUUUUCUGCAGUGGCGGCAGAUGCACUACAAAUUUGCAGCAUACGCAAAGGGGCGAGAUGGGGAAAACGGAUGCGGCCAUAUUCAAUGCAUAAGCAAAGGGGCGAAAUGGGCGGAUGCGGCCAUAUGUAGGAAACAGGAAAAGGCCCUCGACCGGAAACGAAAUAACGGCACCACACUUCCGGUUCGAAGUCCCAACCGGAAGUCACAAACCGGAAACGGAAGUUGAAAACGGAAACGGGAGUUGAAAACCGGAAGCAGAAUAACGGUUCCACACUUCCGGGCUGGGCUGUCGGCCGGAAGUUGCGAACCGGAAACGGAAGCUUUCGGUCGAUGCCAUGCUUCCGGCCUGCGCAGCCAGCCGGAAAUAACGAACCGGAAACGGGUGCUCUCGGUCGGAGGUCGGGUCUUCAACUUCCGUUUCCGGUUUGUGACUUCCGGUUGAGACUUUGAACCGGAAGUGUGGUACCGUUAUACCAUUUCCGGGCGAUGUCCUGUUCCCGUUUCCGGGAAUUGCAUAUGGCCGCAUCCGUGUUCCCCAUUUUUCCCCUUUGCGUAUGCACGCAAAUUUGAAUGCCUCCACCGCCGCUGCAGAAAAUUGCAUUUAAUUUGGUGGCAAAAUCUCAGAUUUCUACCAGGCGACCAGGAGCAUACAGCAAGCAGCCGCCGAAUACACGCGAAAACAAAAAUGCUUAUAACUUCUAAACUACUAGUCGUAGAAAAAAAAUAAAAAUGCAGAAAUUUGCAGAAUCGAAUGGGGAAUAUUUUUAAUAAAGAAAAAAUACAUUUGGAUUCACGCAGAAAUUUAUAAAAUUAAAAAUGUCUUCCAAAUCACCGAUUUUUUAGGAAAUUUAGCAGUAAACUCUGUAGCAACUGGUUGCAAGAGUAUAAAAAGCAACAAAACUAUAUAAGCAACACAUUUAUUGUAACAAUAUUAUUGCAUAAACCGUUAUAUGUGCUUUUCAUUGUUAAAACGCGCAUACACACAUACACACGUACCCAAAUGCAUACAGAAGCAACACAAAACAAUCAGUAAACUCAAAUUCCUAUUUUCUUUGCCGCUUUGUUAAGUUAAUGUUUACAGAACUUACAAUCUAUUAUAACUGACAAUAUUAUACACACGCACACACACUUAUUUAACUAAUCAUGUAGCGAGAAUUUAUAAGUAUGUGUGCAUUGGCACAAAUCUGUGUUUAUAUUUGGGAUUUAUCGAAUAUAAACACAAUGCGCAAAUUAUUCAACUAUUUUUUAGUUUCGAAUAGCUAAUUUUUAUGUACAGUUUUUCCUUUCGUUUAUAUAAAAAGCAAUAUUUUUAAGCAUUUAUUUAAUUGUAAUAUUAUUUUACUGUGAUAAAUAUUUCGUAAAUUAGCGAUGAAUGUAAAAAUUAGCGAGAGAUAAUGCUGAAUAAAAUAAAUCAAAUCAA